CGUCGCGACCUCUUCUAAGUUACUGACUAGCACCAGACACACCAUCUUUGUCCAACAAGGUAAUGUCCACAUCGUAAUAAUUUGCUUCAAAUCGAGAAGCAAACACGAUGGAAAGGCAACAAGACAACGCCUCAGAUGCAGACUCUGACUUGGAGGAGCUGGAGGGAGAUAUCGCAAAGUUAGACGAGACUGUUCGAACCUUUUUGGCAGAUCAACGGGGUGAGAAUGAUGCCUCACCUGCGGCCCGUGGCCUCCUGCGAGGAAAAGGAGCACGAGGUCCACGGAAAGCAGCAAAACCUCGAGGAGACAUUACAGCACGACUAUCCAAAGUAAACCAAGCUUUCCUGAGUGGCGACUACUCAUUAGCACUGGAUCUUGUUUUUGAAGUCAUCAGAAUCAAUGCUGAAACGCACCAAGCAUGGACGACUCUAUCAUCGAUUUUCCGUGAGCAAGGUGACAUGGGCAAAUCGUUAUCAGCGAUGGUUUAUGCUGCUCAUCUCCGCCCAAAGGAUGUGAACGGCUGGCUUCAGUGCGCAUCAUUCGCACUUGAGAACGUUGCAGAUGACGAAGCCGGAAAUCUCAACACCGCAAGACUUUGCUAUUCUGCGGCGCUGCGAGCCGAUCACACGAAUAUCGAUGCUCGCUUGGGCAAAGGUUUGGUUUGUCACAGACAGGGCCAUCUUGCAGCCGCCAUCUCCGACUACAAAGUUGUUCUGGAGCAUCGACCCUACGACCUUGAAAUCGUCAGAAAACUUGCUGAGGCUUGUGUUGACAAUAAACAAGCCGAGGCCGCUGUUCCGAGCGCAAUCGCAGCCUAUAAACGAUUCUUUGAUCAUGAAAGGACGAAGCCGCAGAUGGAGAUCACGGAAGCUCCAUGGCAUGAUAUUGGAAUUUACGUGGAACUUUUUGCAUCGACAGGACGUUAUCAAGAAGCUAUACAAGAAUCCAAGUCACUCUCUCGAUGGCUACUGGGUCGAGAGGCAGAAGACUACUGGGACCAAUGGACUUCUGACGAUCGCGAAUGGGACUUGGACGACGAACGACGGGCUGCUGUCCCGAAUUUCACUGCAGGUGUUUGGAGUCCUGACACCUAUGGCCAGUCGUUUCCUUGGGACCUGCGUGCUCGAUUGGCAAUAUACAGGUUUCGGCUGGGUGACGAGGACGAGGCAAUGAGGCAUCUGCUGUGGUUUGAGCCGGAAUCGAUUCUCACGAGAGAAUUUGCUGGCGAUUUUCCCUUUCUAACGUUCGACCUGGCUGAAGAGUUGGCCCAUCGUGGCCAUACACCAUUGGCAAUUUCAUACUAUCAGAUACUCCGCGAUUUACCUGGUGAUGCUGAUGCAACCAUUCUUUUACAACUGGGACGAUGCUAUUCGGCAGUUGGAGAAACGGCCACAGCUGAGGAGUAUUUUCUCGCUGCCAUUGACGCUGAUGAAGACAACAUUGACGCCCGUAUCGAACUGGCUAACAUGUACGAGAAGGCUAGAGAGGAGGAAGAAGCUCUCAUCCUAGCAGCCGAGGCAAUGGCCCUCCGACAAGCUCGAGAUCAAAACCUAGAAGGCCAUCAAGACUCUAUCACAGACCUAGAGCAGCCAAGUCGUCGGGCUCCGCGACGAGCCCAGGCAGUUCCUCGAAGAACAGAUGCAUUUGGAAAGCGGCUUAUUCCACGACGAUAUCGACCAAAACGACUAGCCGGUGCUGAUAAACGCCGACAAGAGGAGCAAGCUCGUGCCAUGAAGCUGACUGAACAGUACGAGAUUGUGCAAGAUCUGCGUAAAAAGAUCAAAGAAGGGCAACACAACCUGAUUCCAACUUGGAUGGCUUCGUCGAAGGAGCUUGUGGACGAGUUUCGAUCGAUCAAGAAAUUCUACACCUGGGAUAAGUAUUUGCACUUCCUGGGGCCGAAGAACCAUUUGCAACAGCAGGAAGCCGAUAAACCGCAAAACGAGCUUUCACAGAUGUACGAGAGACUUGCCAGGACCCUUGCUCCACAGCCAGGAAGCGAAGGCCGAGACGACGGGACCUCAAAGCCCGAUGCCCACCAAGGAAUUUCCUUCAACAACUGGCUUGACUUGUUUUUGGAUUACGCUAUUGGCCUGGCUAUUGCUCACCGACGCGACGAAGCAUAUCAAGUGUGCGAAGCUGCCCGAGAUUCGACUGCUUUUCAAGCCCCAGAGCAUGGCUUUAUGAUUCAUGUGGCAUGGAGCGGUGAGUUAAGCAGUCAUGACAUUGUUGAUUUGAGUUACUGAUUGAGCCAGUCUGCGCCAUUUAUACGAGCGAUGAGGAGAAGUGUAUCGCGACAGCUCGCCAAUUGAUGAGAGACGGUGCCACGUCUGAUUCAUAUCGAAUGUUCGCCUUACUAUCCAACCUAUGUCAAUCUCCUGUAUCCUGGUAUACGUCAGGGCCUGCACAGAAGUACAUUCUCCGACAGAUCAAGGCUAUGGACGAGGCUUACACCGGCGAUGAGACCAAUUCCGAAAGGAGAGAGAACGGGGAGACAGUUCUUGAUGCAUGUGUCCUUAUGCUUUAUGGCCACAUUCUUUUUACGUCGACAAGCUACACAUACGCAUUAGGCUACUUUUUACGAUCGCUGGCCCUGGACCCUGAGAAUCCCAUGGUGAAUCUGAGUCUAGGACUGGCAUAUGUUCACUAUGGCCUCAAGCGACAAUCGACCAACCGCCAAUACCUGCUACUGCAAGGCCAGACCUACUUGUCGCGAUAUGUUGAGCUGGGACAGCCAGGAGCCACGGAGAGAGGGACUUGGACCAAGGCCGAGGCAUACUACAAUCUUGGUCGCCUCUACCAGCUCUUGGGCGUUAAUUAUCUGGCCCAUGACUAUUACUCAAGAGCAAAGAAGGCGUGUCGUGGAUCUCAUGGGCAUGGCGAGGCAAAAGGUCUUGAGGUUAUGGUCCUGAGUAAUGAGUUAAUAUCUCUAAUCAUAAACCAGAAUAGUAUUAAAGCCCUUACUUUAUUAAAGGCAAAGGUUAAACUUUAAUAAUAAUUAAUAUUAUUAUUAACUAAGAUAAUAUAAUAGCAGCCUAGU